AUGUCCAGCAGAAGGUCAAGAUCUAGGCAAUCAGGUGGUGCAAGAAUCUCGGACGAUCAGAUUAAUGAUCUCGUUUCGAAGUUGCAACAGCUUCUUCCCGAGAUUCGUAAUAGUAGACGUUCUGACAAGGCUUCAGCAGCUACGGUGCUACAGGAAACGUGCAACUAUAUAAGAAGCUUGCACAGGGAAGUGGAUGAUCUAAGCGAGAGGCUGUCUGAGCUUUUGGCAACAACUGACAGUGCCCAAGCUGCUGUGAUCAGGAGCUUACUUUCGCAAUAG